AUGAUGAAGGCGGGGGAGCGGCCCAACUCGAAGCUGCUCCGCGGGGGCGGCCGGCAGGAGUCGCGGCGGUUCCGGAUGCUGGCCAUCGUUGUCGGAUUCUUCAUCGUCUCCCUCACCUUCGUCCUCGUCUCCAAGCCCGACGCCAUCCUCUUCGGCCUGAACGGCAAGCUGCCGGCGGACCAGGCGCCGGCGUCCAUACUGAUCCAGCAGAAGGUCAACACGCCGGCCCAGAAGACCUCCACCGACGCUAUCAUCGGUGGAGACCCCAAAGUGGUCGACGAUGAAACCUAUGUAAAGCCAAAAGAGAUCAGAGGCGGCGAGGAAGAGGACCAUAGGGUGCUGAGCGAGCCCGACCCGGCCAGCGGGAUGGCGGAGCCGGCCGCCAACAAGGACGGCGACGCCCGUAAAUCCAGCGACGAGACGUUAGGUGGGGAGAGGAAAGACGAGGCGGAGGAGGAGCGGGACGAGGAGAAGCACGCCAAGGUCACGCUCCCGACCGUCUCCAAUUACACCAUUCAUGACGCCGAGGACGCCGAGAAUGCCAAGCAAGAAGGCUUGAGCUUGAGCAACGUCCAGCAGGAGCAGCAGCAGCAGCAGGGGAGCAAGCCGCUGUGCGACUUCUCGAACUUCCGGGCGAACGUGUGCGAGAUGCGCGGCGACGUGAGGGUGCACCCGAAGGCGACGUCGGUGCUGUUCAUGGAGCCCGAGGGGUCGCAGAGGGACGAGGUGUGGAAGAUCAAGCCCUACCCGCGGAAAGGCGACGAGUUCUGCCUCAGCCACAUCACGGAGCUGACGGUGAAGUCGAGCAAGGUUGCCGCCGAGUGCACCCGGUACCACGACGUGCCUGUGGUGAUCUUCUCGCUCACCGGCUACACGGGGAACCUAUUUCACGACUUCACCGACGUGAUCGUGCCGCUCUUCACCACGGCCAGCCAGUUCGACGGCGAGGUGCAGUUCCUCAUCACGGACAUGGCGCUCUGGUGGACCAUCAAGUACCACACCCUGCUCCAGAAGCUGUCCAAGUACCCCCUUAUCGACUUCAGCAAGGACGACCAGGUGCACUGCUUCAAGCACGCCAUCGUCGGCACGCACGCCUACAUGGAGUUCACCAUCGACGCCACCAAGUCGCCGAACGGGGUCACCAUGGUCGACUUCAACCGGUUCAUGCGGUCGGCCUACUCGCUGCCCAAGGCCGCCGCGGCGGCGCUCGGGGAGAGCCCCAGGGUGAAGCCGAGGCUGCUCAUCAUCAAGCGGCACCGCACCAGGAUGUUCCUUAACCUGGAGGAGAUUAUCGGCAUGGCCGAGGAGCUCGGGUUCGAGGUGGUGAUCGACGAGGCCAACGUGAGCUCCGACAUCAACGGCUUCGCCAAGCUGGUGAACUCGGUGGACGUGAUGAUGGGCGUGCACGGCGCCGGGCUCACCAACUGCGUCUUCCUGCCGCAGAACGCCACGCUCAUCCAGAUCGUGCCCUUCGGCGGCCUCGACUGGAUCUCCCGCACCGACUUCGGGAACCCGUCGGAGAUGAUGGGCCUCCGGUACAAGCAGUACGCCAUUACCGUCGACGAGAGCAGCCUCACCGACCACUACCCGAGGGACCACAAGAUCUUCAAGGACCCCAUCUCCUUCCACAAGCGUGGGUUCGAGUUCAUCAGGCGCACCUUCAUGGACAAGCAGAACGUGAGGCUCGACUGCAAGAGGUUCAGACCUGUGCUGCUGGAGGCACUGGACAACCUCAACCAGUAA